CGCAACAGAACAGCACACUAGCCACAGGCCUCAGAAUAUGUGAGGGUCAGUGUAUGUGUGUGUGCGAGAGAGAGAGAGAGAACGAGAGAGGACGAAAAGUGAUGGGACACAGCCAGCAGGCCAUGACAUAGAACCGGAGACAAAACUGUACAACAGAUGUAACCAGGAGAACAGGUAGAUAGAAUAGAUAGGCAAAGGAGUGAGAGAGAGAGAGUAAAAGAGUCAAUGUGUACCUGCUGAAGACGGAUGAAAACAGCACCUCACGAAGAGUGAGAGAAAACAAUAACUGUUGAAGUGUGAGUCAAAAAAAGUACUUGUUGAAGAGAGAGAGAGAAGACUGAGCUAAUAAGGACACCUGUUGAAGAGUGAGAGAGGGAACGAGGGAACCUGUGGAUGAGGGAGAGAGUGAAAAAGGUGAGCCUGUCAACAUGGAUCUCUCCGGGAGACAAGGCUCUCUCUUGCUCUCCGUCCUCUAUUUCUACUCUGGGAUUCUAUCAGGAACGUCUGCCAUGGCUGCUCCCAAGAGUCGUUGUGACAAGUUUGUUCAGCUGACGACAUGGUCUGAGUGCCAAAGCUGCAGCAUUGGUAUGUGUCCUUACGGGUACCUCAAGAAGGCUAAUCGAGCCCCCGUCCCCAACUGCAGGUUCCAGCCUGCCAAAUCCAUCCCUGAUGUAAUAAUCCCUGGCUGCAAGUAUGAGUGUGUCAAAGAUGUCAUGGAGCCCGAGUGCUGCCCUGGUUUCUGGGGCAACAAUUGUGAUGAUUGUCCCCCUCACGGAGCCAACCCCUGCAGCAAUAACGGUGUUUGUUCCGAUGGUGUUGGAGGCAAUGGAACAUGCAGUUGCAAGCCAGGGUUUGUGGGGACCGGAUGUGAGGAUUGUGCGCCCAACCUCUAUGGACCCACCUGCAGUUUAGCGUGCCAGUGUGUGCAUGGUUUGUGUAGGGCAGGGAUACAGGGAGAUGGUUCCUGCACGUGUUUCUCAGGAUACAAUGGACUAUAUUGUGACCAGGAGCUGCCAGACUGCGCGACUCUGAGGUGCGGGCCAGACGCUCGCUGUGUGGAGAAGGCGGGAACCAGGCAGCUGACGUGCCUCUGUAAGCCUGGUUACCUAGGAGACGGAACUCGCUGCACGUCCAUAAACCCGUGUCUGCAGAAGGUGUGCCACACGCACGCGCAAUGCACCCACACGGGCCCCAACCAGCACUCGUGCACAUGUGUGUCGGGGUACGCAGGAGACGGCCAUGUGUGCAUGCCCAUUGACCCCUGCCAGAGCCAGCUCGGGGGCUGCUCCCCACAGACCACCACAUGCAUCUACGAUGGACCCGGAAGAUCCCACUGUGAGUGUCUUCCAGGCUACGUGAGAGCAAAUGAUGUGAGCUGUAGGGUCGUUGACAAGUGCAAAGCUGACUCCUGCCACAAAAACGCAGAGUGUUCCAUGAGCGGACCCAACACGGUGCAGUGCACGUGUCGAGACGGGUAUGUUGGUGACGGUAAAGUUUGUCAUGGUAACAUUCUGGAUCGUCUCAAAGACCUGAACUCCCAACCAGGGGGGACGUGGACCGCUCAGCUCACCAGUGCCAUCUCCCUGUUCGAGUCGGUAGUGUCAUGGCCGCUGACAUCUCGGGGUCCUUUCACAGUCUUCGUGCCAACCAACAAGGGAUUCAGCAAAGGGGCAACAACAUUGAAGGGCUUGCUAGAGGGGGACCAGAGUGCAACUUUAUAUUUGGUGAAACUGCACCUGUUGGCCGGAGUGAAGGCGGCGGGCACACUGGACGGAAACUUCUACACACUCACUGGACGACAAGCUGAGCUGGUCACAGAGGACAAUCUGACGAAGUACCGGCUUUUCGGCAGCAGGAAGAAGGGAACAGUGGUGGAGUCGGGACUUGAGGCAUCCAAUGGCUUCAUUCACAUCAUCAACAAACUCAUGGACACAGUCGCCUCCACUGUUAACAGCAAGAAAGAGGAAAAUCUGAUGUGGAUCUUGAAUAACAACAGCAAGUUUUCCAAGUUUCGAGAUCUCCUACAGAAGAGUAGUGUGGCAUCAGUCUUGGAAGGCGAAGGUCCCUUGACUGUGUUCGCGCCCACCAACACAGCUCUGGACGGUCUGCCAGCAGGAUAUCUGGAGUUCUUCAACUCCCCUGAGGGCUCUACCAAGCUACUGGAGAUGAUGAGGCACCAUGUGGUCAAUACGAAGGUGGAUGUGUUCAGCAUUGUGUCCCAGUCGGCCAUGACAACAAUGGCCAACCAGCUGAUAAAUGUGAACACAACAGACGAGGGGAUGAUUAUGGUAGAGGGGGGCCGUGUGCGCGAGGCGGAUGUGGAGGCCAAGAACGGACGACUCUAUUCGCUGGACACAGUGCUGAUCCCGCCCACCAUCGAGCCUGUGCUGAAUCAGAGGUGUGAUAGCACAUCAAUCACAAGCACGGGUCAGUGUGUGUCCUGUCAUGAGGCUCUGGAGCGAUUUGGGGAGUGUCAAUUGGGCAAGAGAUUCUGCAAGCAGGACCAGGAGGAAGCGAAUGGUUGCUACAUCACAUGCAACCAGACCGUCACAGUUCCACGGUGCUGCUCAGGUUUCUGGGGACCUGACUGCAUGACGUGUCCUGGUGGCUACAAAAACCCCUGCUCUGGGAAUGGCACAUGCAUGGAUGGCAUGGAUGGCAAUGGUACCUGUGUGUGUGAGUCCAACUUCAGUGGCUCUAGAUGUCAAUACUGCAGCAACCCCAAGAAAUAUGGACCAGACUGCACCAGCACAUCCCAGUGUUUGAAGGGGACCGUUGAUAACCGCCGUGCCUCCUCUGUGGGUGCGUGUAAGCCGGGUUCAUGCAUGCCGGGCUUCACUGGUCGGUUCUGUGAUCGUCAGCUGCUGCCCUGCUUCGCCAAAACCUACUGCCACGCUCACGCCAGCUGCGACUACUCUUCUACAGUACUGGGACUCAAGUGUGUGUGCAAUCCUGGUUAUAAAGGAGAUGGCAUCACGUGUGUAGAGACAGACCCAUGUGCAUUCCCAGCCAGGGGAGGUUGUGGUCCCAACACCAAGUGUGUGAAGACGGGACCGGGUACCCAUGAGUGUGUGUGCCUGGCGGGCUGGAAGGCGGAUGGGGACGAGUGUGUGGCCGUCAACAACUGCCUGGAGCCCUCGCGAGGAAACUGCCAUCACAACGCCAGCUGCAUAUACAUCGGGCCCGGGCAGAGUGACUGUCACUGUAAUAGUGGUUACCAUGGUAACGGCUAUGAGUGUGAGCCCAUCAACCCAUGUGUCCGCCUCAUCGGAGGCUGCCACUUCCUGGCUAACUGUGUGUACAAGAGGUCCAAGUGGAAGUGCGUGUGUGAGGACGGGUAUUCGGGUGAUGGAAAACAGUGCUACGGAUCUUUGUACCAGGUGGUGUCUGUUGAAUCUGCCAUGAGUGAAUUCUACAAAUGGGUGCAGGAUGCCAAGUUGGACCAGUUCUUGUCGGAGGUGUCCAAUGUGACCAUGCUGGUGCCCAGUGCGGAGGCCGUUCAGAAGAUGACCAAAGAGGAAAAAGUCUUCUGGUUGAACAGCGACAACCUGCCCAGUCUCGUCAGGGCCCACUUGGUUCAGGGUCUCUACAACCUCAGCAGCCUUCAGGUGUCUGGAGUUCAGCUCUCCCCCCUCAUCAAACGCCCACUUCCUGUUGUCUCCACCAAUGUGCUGCUGCCCCAGGGGGGCGCCAUCACUCAUCUGACUGAGACUGUCUCAAUAGGGGGAGCUGUGAUCAUCUCACCUGACAUGCCUGCAACCAAUGGCAUCAUCCACAUAGUGGACAAGGUGCUGUGUCCGGACCAGAGCAUGAGUAUGGGCCUUCUGGAGGUGCUGAGUCACAUGCCAGAACUCUCUCUCUUCAGAGAGAGCCUAAUAAAAAAUAACCUGACGAGCAAGAUGGCGUUAUAUUCCGUCAUCACAGUGUUUGCCCCUACCAACGCUGCCAUCACCGCUGCCCUGGCCCAGUCAGGACAGAACACACUGGCCUCUAACGUGACCAGGUACCACAUCGUGCCGAGUGAGAAGCUGGCGGAGGCAGAUCUGUUGGACGGACUCUACAAGGACACCAUGCUGGGCUUCAGCUACCAGCUAGCCACCUUCAGGAGAGGAGACACUCUGCUGGUGAAUGAUGCGGUGGUCAACACGACGGAUGUGCGCUUCAGUCAGGGCGUGCUGCACUCCAUCAGCUCAGUGCUCAAGAUCCCCAACAACCGCUGUGACAAGAAGGAAAGCUCCACCUUCACGGGCAAAUGUAUGGAAUGUUUAGCGGCCUCGCUUGUUGGCUGUCCCGCAGGAUCAGUCCCACUGUCUAGGAGGAGGUGUAUGUACCACAGCGCGCCCUUCCACGCACUUGGAUGCAAGAUGGUCUGCCUCAACACCACCAUAGUGAGGCAGUGCUGUUCUGGCUUCUUUGGGCCUCAGUGUGAGCCGUGUCCUGGUUCUGAGGCGGGCGUGGCAUGCGGGGGGAGGGGUGUGUGUUCGGAUGGCACCGGCGGCUCGGGAGAGUGCAAAUGCCACAUGAACUACAACGGCACGGCCUGCGAGACGUGUCAGGACGGCAAAUGGGGCAUACACUGCGACAAUGUUUGUACAUGUGAUCAUGGUGUGUGUAACGAUGGUCUGGAUGGGGAUGGAACAUGCACUUGUGAUCUCGGUUGGAAAGGAACAAACUGCAGCAAAGAGAUGAGUCGGGAUUCCUGUGGGGGGACCUGCCACACCAGUGCCAAUUGCUUGUAUAGACAGAGUAACAACACCAACUACUGCAGUUGUGCAGCUGGUUUCCAGGGAAACGGGAUCAACUGCACAGCUGUGAAUGCGUGUGAGAAGGCCAACGGAGGCUGCUCCCCUAACGCCCUGUGCAAGAGGACCAAACUUGGCCGUAGGCAAUGCAUCUGUAACGCAGGCUACACCGGAGACGGGGUGGUGUGUCGAGAAAUCAACCCGUGCUUGGACGGCACUAGUGUUUGCGAUGCCAAUGCGGAGUGUAUUCACACUGGCCCCAACAGGACGUCCUGUAUUUGCCGUGACGGAUUCUCAGGAGAUGGGAAGAAGUGCACUGCCAUCAACCCAUGCAAGAAGAAAAAUGGCCGCUGCAGCCCCCAUGCCGAGUGUGUGAUGACGGGGCCUGGAAGCCGCAACUGCAGUUGCCCCUCUGGUUUCCAAGGAGACGGACUCGUAUGCAAAGGCAACCUGCACUUGGAGAUUAUGGAUAAGAACUCAGCAUUCAUCAGCUCUCUCAUUUUUGGCAAGAUCUAUGAUCUCGGGGGAAAGGGGCCGUUCACCGUGUUUGUUCCCUCGAGGACCUCGAUGAGCAGAGACGAGAAAUAUAGAGAAUGGAGGAAGGACCCCCCAGCGUUGCGCAUGGUGAUGCGCUAUCACAUCGUGCCGUGCAGCAAACUGCAGCCGGAGGCCCUGAGGCAACUCAGCCAGAUCACCACCAUCAUGGGGGACACACUGAAGAUCUCAUACGACAACAACAAUGGUUCUAUCCUAAUCAACAACCAGAUUGCUUCUGGGGGCUUUGAAGCCACUAAUGGAUUCUUCUACAUGAUUGACAACAUGCUGGUCCCGCCCUCCCUGCAAAGCAAACAGGUCAACCACUCCUCUCUGGCUGAGCUCAAGGAUUACAGCACCUUCGUCAAACUCUUGGUGGACACGGGAGUGGCUGAGACAUUGAAUGACAAGCUCCACCAGCCAAUGACAUUGCUGCUGCCGUCAGACGAGAGCAUGAAGCGCCUCCUCCAGGGAAGGAAAGACUUCCUGCUUGCCGAACACAACCGGCCCCAACUUCUGGAAGUCCUGAAAUACCACAUCCUUUUGGAGGUGCAAGUUCCCCUGAUGUCUUUGCAUGGCUCCUCUGUGACGACACUGCACGGCUCUGAGCUGCAGCUGGGCUGUGGUGGACCCAGCAAUGUGGGUCGUGUGUAUGUGAAUGUGCCUGGUUGCCUGGCGUCGGCCUACUCCUUCUCCUUCCCAUGGGGCAGUGCAUACGGUCUGGACUGCCUGCUGAGCCCUCCAAGUCUGGGAGGGAGGUGUGAUACUAUGCAGCCGCUGGACCUCACGAUGCCUUGUGGUGGCUGUUCCAAUUCACGGCCCUGCCCUGGAAACUCCAAACUUAAGGAGAUGUUAAAGUGUGAUAUGACUGGUGUGGUGAGCCUGCGGAGCUCCGGGUGCCAGCCGAUCUGCACGCUGCCUCACUGGACAAGACAAUGCUGCCAAGGCUUCUACGGACGCGACUGCAUGCCGUGUCCUGGAGGGGCGGAGAUUCCAUGUGAGGGCCACGGCCGCUGUGAUGACGGCAGCCUAGGCAACGGCACCUGCACCUGUGAGCCAGGUUUCACCGGGGACGCCUGCGAACUCUGCAAUGAAGGACACUUCGGACCAGACUGCAAAGCUUGUAACUGCACAGCCAAUGGGGCAUGUGACGCGGGUCGCCAGGGCGACGGCAGCUGCUUCUGCUCGGCGGGUUGGACGGGGGCGCGCUGCGAGACCGAGCUGGGUUCCGUCCCCCUCUGCUCGCCGCCCUGCGCCCCCAAGGCCGUCUGCGUGCUCAACGACACCUGCGUCUGCAAGCCCUUCUACGAGGGAGAUGGCUACACGUGCACAGUGGCGGACCUGUGUAAGUACUGGAACGGCGGCUGCGCAGCAGGUGCCAAAUGCAGCCAGAAGGGGGAGGUGGUGAGCUGCAAAUGCCCACAGGGCCACAGGGGGGACGGCUUCGUCUGCUCGCCCAUCGACCCCUGCAGCGACGACGACAACGGGGGGUGCAGCGAACACGCCACAUGCAAGAUGACCGGGCCUGGUAAGAAGAAGUGUGAGUGUAAGCCUGACUAUAUCGGUGACGGCGUUUCAUGUGAGUUGAAGGAGAGUCCUGUUAAUCGCUGUAACCAGGACAAUGGACAAUGCCACGCAGACGCUAUAUGCACAGACCUGCACUUUGAAGAUAAGACGGUGGGUGUGUUCCACUACCGGUCUCCCAUUGGUCAGUAUAAACUGAACUACACUGCAGCUCAGCAGGCCUGCAGCAACGACGGAGCAACUACAGCCACCUACACACAGCUGUCAUACGCCCAGCAGGCCGGUUUGAACUUGUGUGCUGCGGGCUGGCUAGCGGGUGCUAGGGUAGGCUACCCCACCACCCACUCCAACCCCAAAUGUGGCUUCGGCCAUGUUGGCAUCGUGGAUUAUGGCGUUCGCAGCAACCUCAGUGAGACCUGGGACACAUUCUGCUACCGGGUCAAAGAUGUGCAGUGUGUGUGUAAAGAGGGCUAUGUGGGUGACGGCACCACAUGUACAGGCAACCUGCUGCAGGUCCUGCGAGCUCAGCCCCGAUUCUCCAACUUCCUGUCGCAAAUCCUGAACUACUCUGACCACUCCUCGGCUGGGAAGGCGUACGUGAAGCGCCUGAGUAACAUGACCAUCCACUCCACACUAUUUGUCACCGACAACAGCGGACUCAAUGAGAACCAGUCUCUAUCCUGGCGCGACUUGGAGUUCCACGUGUGCGAGGGGCGUGUCCUGCCACUUCAGGAGCUGACCAAUGGAAGUAGAGUACGCAUGCGGCUCGGGGAGUCCCUCACCGUCAUUGGUGUUCCUGACCUCAACGAUCCAACAAAACUGACGGCCUCCCGCUACAUCGGUGAUCGCUUCCUGAUUGAGAGUGACAUCUUGGCAUCCAAUGGCAUCAUCCACGUCCUCCAGAAGGCGCUUACUGCCCCGCCUCCUAAGCCAUCUCUGCAGGUGGCGCAGCAGGCUGGCAUGGGUAUCGGCGUGGUGCUGCUUCUGCUGCUGGUGGCCGCUGUGCUGUUUGUUGGAUACCACUUCUACACCCACAAGGCCAAGCCCUUCCACUUCCAGUACUUUAAGGAGGAUGAUGGUGAGGACAGUGUGCCGGAUUCCAACUACUGCAACCCAAUGUAUGACAGUGUGCAUGAGCCCGAGCCCGAGCCCGAGCCAGAGCCCGAGCCGGCAGGAGGAGAGGAAGGCUUGUCUGCAGCGCUGCCUGACCUGCCGGACGACAAGCACCAGGUGGUGUCUGAUGGCUCUUACAACCUGCUGGAGAGUUGAGGAGGGGUGGGCACGAGAGAGAGAGAGAGAGAGAGAGAGAGAGAGAGAGAGAGAGA